AUGAAAUCACAAUAUGAAGUCGAUUGUCUCAGAGUCUACAAAACACCUAUAUUUUUAGUUUUUAGGCUUAAUUCAUUUUUCAUUCCCUACAUUUCAACCGAUGCUAGGUAUCAGAACACUCAAUAUCGCCUCUCACUUUUUCCUCUUUAUUACCUGCAGGCUUUCAUUGACAUGGACAACCUUGCCCAGUUCGCCCUACCACUUGGCUGGUCCGAGGGCCGAUCAAGCUUUGGUCGACGCUACUAUGCCUGCGAUCGGACACGCACCACCACAUGGCAGCACCCGCGACUUGGCCGGCACGUACCACUUGGUUGGGAGCGCGUCGAUUCACUUUGCGAUGGAGUCUACUAUCACAAGUAA